AUGUCUACCAACAGCAAGAAACAAUAUCCGGAGCCGUUGAAGCUUUCCGGGGCUCUCGAUAGUUACGAGUACAUCGAUGCAACACCAGCUAUUGGUCGUGAAUAUCCCAGAGUCAAUUUAGUUGAGUGGCUUAAUGCCUCCAAUGCAGAUGAACAGAUUCGCGAUCUUGCCGUCACCAUCUCUCAACGAGGUGUGGUUUUCUUUCGUGCACAAGACAACCUCACAGACGAACUGCAGAAGAAACUAGUUCUUCGUCUUGGCGAGCUCACUGGGCGUUCAUCAACUUCCUCCUUACACAUCCACCCCGUGCUCAAUUCGGAGCGUGAGAUGGGCGGUGAGGAUGCAAACAUCAGCACGAUUAGUUCUAAGCAGCGCUCCAAGUUGGAGAAGAGAACCAACGAGGAUGGAGUCGUGGUGACGAAGCGCAAUACCGAGCAUUGGCACUCUGACAUCGCCUUCGAACCAGCUCCAGCGGACUACACCUGUCUUCGACUGGUUGAACUGCCCAGUACAGGAGGUGACACGCUUUGGGCCUCGGGUUGCGACAUCUACGAUAGCAUGAGUCCAAAGUAUCAGAGAUUCCUCGAAGGUCUAACGGCUACUUUCUCCCAGCCGAAUUUCUCGAGAAUCGCAGAGAAGCAAGGCUUUGAAUUAUACGAAAAGCCACGAGGAUCCCCACACAACAUCGGUCGUUCGAUGAAAGCCAUCCAUCCAGUAGUUCGCACCAACCCCGUGACAGGCUGGAAAAGCAUCUUCCCUGUUGGUGCACACGUUUCGCACAUCAACGACGUGACGGCCGAGGAGAGUGAGAACUUACUAAAGUGGUUUUUGGAUAUCGUGGUAAAGGGCCAUGAGUUUCAGGUUAGGUUCAAGUGGCAGAAUGCAAACGACGUAGCUAUCUGGGAUAACAGAAGUGUGUUUCAUUGUGCGACGGCAGAUUAUGAUGGGCUGGGAGAUAGAUUUGGGGUGAGGGUUGUUGGGGUUGGGGAGAGGCCUUAUUUUGAUGAGGGGAGCGUGUCGAAGAGAGAUAUGUUGGAGGGGGAGAGUUAG